AUGUUUAGUUCAAAUAAUCCUUCUUUCAACAGUCCAGGUGGUUCGGAAUACAAAACCCGUAACCGUAACGGGACUUACAAACAAGCAAAACUUUUAGCUACAAGAGCUUGCUUACAGGAGCAUGCUACGUAG